GAUAACUCACUCAAUUGCUCAUGCUUAGUGGCAUUGGCCAGAGGGUUAUUGCAAUUUCUUUGAUAACUGAAUUUCAAGCCUUUUGAACAAACCUUGGAGGGAAGCUAAGCUUGAACCAUAUCUGCAUUUUGACGCGAGUCAUGGAAUAAUUUUCUUUGUUUAACUGCUCCGAUCCACCUCUGGCUUAGUCAUGGAUCGCUCAUGGCUGUCCUCUCCUCGGGGACUCCAACCGUCGCAGCCCGCUUCCUGUUCUUCCCACGCGCACAGCCCCACCGCACUGCGCUACGUCCACCGAGCAUGGCGCGCUCCGUCCACCGCGCGCGGCCCAAGUACACGGUGGCGCCGCUGUCGCCGUCCUGCCUUCACAAGCUGGGCGUCCCGCGCGAGUUCGCGGCGCGGCUCGGCGGCGGCGAUGCCGGCGAGGGAGAGGGAGCGGUGGGCCGGGCGGUGGUGGUGCUCCUGGUGAGCCCGCUCGGCAAGGUCUGGCGCGUGGAGCUGCGCCGUGCGGGAGGAGGCGGGGCGCGGCAGCUCGGCGGCGGCUGGGCGGACUUCGCGGCCGCGCACGGCGUCGGCGUCGGGUGGAGCGUGGUGUUCAGGCUCGAGCGGCGCGGGGUGGCCACCGUCAGGGCAUUCGACGCGGCCUGCUGCCUCGCGCGCUUCUGCACGUCUCACGCAGGUAAACAUCACAUGAGCAAGAACAGGCCCCGGUUCAUCAGUUUGCUUCACCCGGACGACCUGGAAAAGAUGAAAAUCCCUGAUAAGUUUGUGCAAGAGCACCUGACUGAAAGUUGCCCAAGCAGCCAAAACGCCAUGAUUUGCAGCGCUCUCGGCAAGUUCUGGCGCAUCGAGCUAGACCGAGAUCAGCCGGGUGUGCUACUCGGAGAUGGCUGGGAGAAGUUUCUCACGGCUCAUGAUCUGUCCGAAGGGAACAUCCUGGUGUUCCGGUAUGAAGGCAACAUGGUGUUUACAGUUGAGGUGUUCCUGCAGAACGGGUGCCUGAAGGAGUAUGAAGCAGCAGCAGCUGCAGACAUAUCUGAUGAUGUAGUAGGGCCAAAAUCUGUGCUUCAAGAAGGUGCCAAGCAGCUUGGAGUUUCACCUGUCAAGAGGGAAAGGAAGAACAGGAAUGAGAAUGCAUGUGUACAUGGAUCACACAAGAGACCAAAGGUUUCCGCAGUUCCUGCAAAGAAGGUUGUAUCGCAGGAGAAAAUUGUCAGCAAAGUGCCGCCGCAUUCAAUAACAAAGCAGAUUACCUGGUAUGAUCUUAAACCCCUGCUUGCUGUGAAAGGGACCUUUUGCUCUUCAGUUGGCGUUCUGGGACCAUGUGAAAUUACACUGAAAACAUCCAUGGACAACACCGCCAACACCUACUGCUACAUAACUGGACCAGGUUGGAAAAGGUUUUGCGAGGAUAACAAGGUAAAAGAUGGCGACUGCUGCACCUUCAAUGUCAUAGAAACAAGGGUCUGGCAUGUCACGAUUGUGUCCAACUAGUAGAAGCGAAAACUAGUCCCAGUAUUUGCCUGCCAAUGCCACUUGUGAAAGGUCAGUUCUUUGUUAGUGAUUUUCAUGUGAAUGCCUGUGAAAAUAUGGCACUCAACUUGGUAUAUGGAAGUCCGGUAGAUAUGUCAAUCUAUGUUUGGGUCACUAAAACAUUGACGUUUGUUGAAUGUCGGUAGAUUAGUCGAUGUAUCAUCGGUGCAUGUACUCAUCUCCUUUCCUGCCCAGUGCCCACCUUUUGUUUCUGCUAAUGCUAAGUUGCUCACUUGCCAGCGUACAUACAUGCUAAAAUGUGUUUAAAAGUCCCAUAAGAACCGGAGGUUCAGAAGAGAUAAAAGAGGUAUGAACAACUGCACAUGCUACAUGAGAUUGUUGCGUAGCAGAGAAUCGAUG